AUGUGCGUGCCAAAGACUAUAAAAUGUUUUGGAUCUUCUGAAUCCCCUCGAUUCCAGAUGACUUCGGUCAACGAUACCGUAGAGCUUCCACAACCAACAUGUGGCUACACCGAAGAGUGUGGAUUCGGUCGAUUCCUGUUCGUCUCCAUUGCAUCUUCGUUGGCCGUUCUUGGAGCUGCCGCAAACCUUUUAUUGGCAUAUAUUUUUACGUUCAAGACAAAAAAGAAUACUCCGCCAACAUUGUAUCCAACAGCGCUAGCAUUAAUGGACGCAGCACUAUGCAUCCUGUACUUCUUGUGCUUCGGAGUCGAUGUUUUCAUGUUGUACUUGAGGAUUGAAGUAAGUUGAAUCUUUAAAAGAGUAGUGCUCGAGAUGAGACAGGCAGGUCUCUCUGAAAUUUGGAAUAGACGGUCGCCGUUGCUUUUAAAAGUUUUAUCUCAUGCUUACUUGAGCAGAAAAAGUAUAUAGGACGAUCCCUGAGCUAAACAUCUCGGCUAAAUCUUGGAAAGGUUUUAUCCAAGAUCUGCCAAUUAUCUCCACACUGUUUUUUGUCAUCCCUAAAAAUUUUACUAUUUAAUUUAUCACUUCUAAAGCACUUACUUCCAGUCAUUGUUCAUCAUCUACCAUCUCUAUAUAGUGCCAGCUUUUGUGAUGGUGAAGAUCGUCCAACUUAUCAUCCCAUACCUCCUAAUAUUUGUGACCAUGGAACGUUAUGCCUGGAUUUCAAAGCAUUGGUAAGUCAUUCGUAGAACAAAACAUGUCAUGUCCCAAGUGUAAUACAAUCAGAUGUAUGAGUUGUGUGUAAUAUAAUCUUUUUUUUCAGUUUUUCGGAAUGGUUGUUUUCUCGAGUUGGUCGCAUCUCCAACCUUGUCUUGUGUCUGGUUCUGGGUGGAUUGAUUCGCCUCCCUCCGGCGUUUGCGUUGACCGUUGAAUCCUAUCCCGAAUGCCUCGACUUCUUCCGAACAUUGGCCGUCGAUUAUCGGAGAUGGGCCAAGGUAAGCGUUGUUUGACCUGUUGUGGAUUUUAACUGAAUAAUCUUUGAAGUUUAAUGUUUUUUCAACUUUAGGAGACCGAAUGGUACAAUUUCUACGACCUCCAUUUGAUCGGCAUUCUUCAGAUAUUCAUUCCUUUCAUUGUUUUGGUAGUUUUAAACUGCAUAAUUCUAAGGAGGUUGUUGACGACUGACCAGGAGAACAUUAAGGUGAGAACAAUGAAUUAUAACUGAACCUUCACAACGAGACUACUUCGCCUUCUUCAAAUUUAGUUUGCAACCUUUUGAUGCAAGGGGAAAAAAUUGAAGAUGCAUCGAAAGGCUUGCUAAAUUCCAUUUCGUAACUCGCAAAAAGUCAUUUCGAGUUUUGCCAAUUUCCGACAAAAAAUAUAUUUCUGCAAAACGCGAGUCAAAAAUCCCUCAUUUAGUAUAAAAUAAAUUUAUGCCAAGUUCAUCGAAAAGUAAAUUCAAUGUUUUUGCAGAAGGUCCCUCCAAUCUAUAUUGACGGCAUCUCUUCCGGAAGUUCCCGAGCCUCUUUCAAAGUGCUCCGGAUGACCAUCAAACGGCCCACCAUGUCCCCUGCUGUUAGACAUGCCGUCUACACCACAGUUAUAAUUGUAACCUCAUAUCUGAUAUGCUCCGGCCUUCAUCUGCUUCUAACUUUCAUGGAAAAGACGGAUGCGGCGAUUCUGAAAAGUGAUGACGAUCCCACGAAAGCGUCCAUCUUCUAUACCAUCUUCGGAGACAUGAUCUCGUUCCUGUACAUGUUCACAAGUGCCAUUCGAAUUUUCAUUUACUGUAAAUGCAAUCCAACAGUGCGAGAGAACGUUCUCAACACCUUGGAUAUUUGCCCCCGAGGUCUUGCUCGCGCACCAACGUUGGACUUGAUAUCGAUUACGCCGGUUUCUCCAGUUGACAUAUAAAUCUCAUAAAUACGGGUUCUUUGAUAUAUAAACUAUUUAUUUUGAUAUCGGAUUUGAAUAUUGUUGAGAUCAUUGCAUCAAAAGUAAAAGACUAAACACAAGAAAAACAAAUUUGACGUUGAUUCUAUGGUUACAUCAAACGUGGCAUUUGGUCCCGCAACGAAACAUUUUGAGCCCGCAAUUUUCUUUUUUGAAAGGCAGAAAAACGAUUUCUUGUUUCUCCGCGUCGUUUUUACAGAUUUUUAGGAAUAAUCAGGAAGAAAACUGCAGCAUAUCUUUUGAUGAACAGUUUCUUUUUUUUCUUUUUAUGUUUUAGGUACCUAAAAUAGUAAAAUUUUAGUUCUGUUUAUUUUUCACCAUCGUUUCUCUAUUGAUGUGUAUAUCUCUGAAGAUUCUGUCGAGAAAAGGACGUUUAGACUCUAAUUUAAUCUUUUAUUUCAGAGGACAUGGAAGCCAAAAGGCAACGUCUACUAUCCAUGACGUACAACGAGAUCAGGUCGUUGUGCCGGCAACGCGGAAUGAAAGCUACUGGGACUGUAAGUUACCUUAUUAAUAUUCAUUUCUCUUUUAUUUAGAAGGCAAAACUGGUUGAAACAUUGUCUGAGACAAUGAUGUUGGACAUUGACAAUGAGCAGAUGGACGUGGAGGAACAAAAGGAGAAUCUGAAUGGAACAUUCACCAUGGAAGAAGACGAAAUUUCCGUUAUCCCAAAGGAACAACUGAAGAAAGCGGCAGAGGUUGAGAAGGCUGCGGAUAUCACGUUAGAUGAGAGUAUUGUAGCUGGUAGUUUCAUUACUCCGGAUAAUAGCCCAAGCGUCAAAAGAGUUGAGAAAAAACCGGUCGAGAAAAUGAAUAACAAUGUUACAACUCGUUGCUCCGCUAGGAAUACUUCCAAAGCUGCGCCUAGCCGUCUUCCAAAGCCUGGACAUUUGUCUGCUGCGACCUCAGGUAUGUGAUCUCAUUAUUUGCACAAAAUUUCAAUUUUUUGAAUAUGAUUUUAUGUCUAAACAUUGUUUAGGUAAAGGACGGUUUGCUUCUUCUCAUACCAAAGCCUUUUCCAAGAUGGCGUCAAUUGAAGAUCAUCAGAAGAAGCUGGAGACAAAGCAUGAACAACAUGUCAAAAGUGUAUCGGAGACUAUUAAUGUAAGUUUUUAUUUGUUUGUCCGUUUAGAGUUCAAAUGGGUUAUUUUUAUUACUAUCGUUUCAGCGUCUGGCAACUCCAAAAAGCCAACGGGAAAAGGUUCGCAAAUUCCCCCCUCCCGGCACUCCAAACAAGGAGAAUUUCAAGUUCGGAACGACGAAACCAGAAGACAUCGAGAAGGUUCAACGUCCCUAUGAUAAAGAGAAGGCAGCCUCGUCCAGAGUCACAAGAUCCAGCAAGCAAGGAAGGGAACCUCAGGCAGAUGUCAAGAAGAUCACCAUGGCCAAGAAGAGAACUCUUAAAGCGACCAUUCCUGAUUGCUCGGAGCGAAUUGAACAGCUCGCGACUCCGAAAUCUGCUGGACGUAAGUCGUUUUACUUUUUCUGAAAUAGUUUUGCUCAAGAUUCGAUGUAUGUUUUAAUAAAUAAGUUGUUUCUUUUAGCGGUUCCAAUUCCAAAAGAACGGAAGAUGUACACGCCGAAGACAACCCCCUACAAAUAUGUGGACACCACAAAGAUGAGUGAUGCCGAACUCCGUGCCUUUGAUGCUCGUCAGAAACGCCUUGACGCCCGCUCAAGACGUCUCAACUUUCAGUAA